AUGCGUUUCCUGGUCACUGUGUUGUGUGUGUCUACAGCAUGGGGAUACCGCUUUUUUCAAGAUGAGAUUCCUAACGGUGAUAUUGUACCCCAUCCGUGUAAGAUAAACCAUAUCUGGCGAGGUGUCGGACAUAUGAAUCCGCUCGGAGGAGGUAGUAUAAAUCCUUUCGGUGAGGACUUCAGGAAAGCUGGAAUGAAGUGGAAUAAAGACCUGUGUCAGAUGGACUCUGACGGAGACGGAAAAACAAACGGAGAGGAAUUAGGAGACCCAGAUUGUGUGUGGACAAAAGGACGUGCUGCAGCGGUCACACUUGGUUUAAGUCAUCCAGGAGUUUGCACCCCACACUCAGAUCCCACCUGUCAAGCGGCUAACACCUGGGUCAAAUGUGACGUCGGAAAUCUGCAAUGUGAUGCUCUGCUAGAAGAAGGCACGAGGAACUUCACAGUAAGGUUACCCGAGACUGUCGUACCAGCCUCAGUAACAACUUAUCUAUGCCUGUUGAUUGACCUGCCUUCAGACGACGACUAUCACCUGAUAGCUGUCGAACCAGUCCUAGACAAUGUUGACGUCAUACAUCACAUUAUCAUGUACGCCAUGGACGAUUCAGCGGAUGUUGAUGGCAUACCUCAGCCCUGUUCAAAGUAUCCAUUCAAACAGUUCGCUACACUUAUUUCUGGCUGGGGAGUCGGGUCCAGUGGUUCUUGUUACCAUAAGACUGCGGGUAUUCGGGUAGGAACGCAUGGAUUUAAGAAAGCGAUAUUGCAGUAUCACUGGAACAACCCAGAGCGUCGCUCGGACUACACGGAUAGUUCCGGAUUAAAGCUGUAUUAUACCCCUAAUCGAAGGUUACACGAUGCCACAGUUCUGCAAGUUGGAUCAGAGUAUCUUGAAAUUCCACCUGGUGAAGAGUCAGUUUCGGCCGAAUCCUGGUGCAGUAAUGAAUGUACAUCGCGUUAUUUAUUUGGACCAAUCUACGUGACACGGGCAAUUAAUCACAUGCACCAUAUUGGACGAAAACAAUCACUCCAGCAGUACAGAAAGGGUGUGUGGAUAAGAAAUAUAACCAAUGAUGAACGUUUUGAGUAUGACGCAUAUCGCCCCUUUGAGUAUUCGCCUCCUUUAGAAAUCUUACCUGGGGAUGAUCUGAAGACAACAUGUACAUACCGCUCGGUGGGUAGGGACAAGACGACUUUCAAGGGAGAUGGAACUGGAGAUGAAAUGUGUUACGUUUUUUUAUCCGUGUAUCCAGCUGAAAACGUACAGGAAAACUCGUGCUUCUCUUGGAAGAGUGUUGACUUGUGUAAAAUAUUGAGUUUUUCAACAGAAUUUCCAGUGAUAGAUGACUGCAACGUAAAAACACUCCUCAAUCCAUUUCAUCCAGACUUUAUCAGCCUGUCCACGAACCUCAAGAAAUUUUGCAAACCUUUUGAUAUUUGCACACAAGAAUGCAAAUAUUUCGUCAGAGAUUUAUUGCAGAAUAACAAGUGUUUUAGUGGCGAAACGAGGGAGCUUUAUCAGCACAUGUCCUUAAAAUAUACGACAUUAUUUGCGGAAAUUUGGGCAGCCAUCCAAUCUUGUGAGACAGAGCUUGAAAUGGACACUUGUCAGGAACAGUGUGACUUGGAUAACAAUAAGAAAAACGUCAUUGAUCAGGAAUAG